AUGAUACAUCUGGCAAAGAUUAUUAGUGCAGAGUCUGAUAAGCUUGAAAGCUAUUGCAAGACUCAAGGCAUUGAAUCCCCAUCAUUUGACGCCGAUGCUCCGAGAGAUUUCCCCAAGCUCCCCGAUAACAUCCAAAAGAGUCGCCAGGAGAUUAUUUUUGCUGCCAGUGAGCUUUCGAGCCUCGUUCGUGGCCCGCGUGAGAGCGUGAGAUGGGGUGUCUGGGGUUUCUUGGAUUCAUUGACUCUACAGAUCAUCAACCACUAUGGAAUCGCUGCUCUUGUCCCUACCUCGGGCACCAUCUCCUUCACUGAACUUGAGUCCAAGACUUCCCUGGAUGCGAUAAACCUUGCCCGAAUUAUGCGCCACGCCAUGACGAACCAUAUCUUUUGCGAACCAACGCCAGGAACCAUUGCCCAUACUGCCUUGUCUCGCUGCCUCGCCGAAGAUGCUGCUCUGCAGGAUUGGAUUGGUUUCAACUCGGAAGACAUUUUCCCGGCAUCGGCCAAUGUCCUGAAGUCUCUUCAAGAGUACCCCGAGGCGACGUCUCUGACCACAACUGGUUUCAACUAUGCCUUCAACACCGUUAAUAAAGAACCCAUGUUUGUCACUUUUGGAAAGAACCCGAAAUUCGCAAAAAGAAUGGGAGCCGCCAUGGCGAGCUUGACUGGUGGAGAAGGGUAUGAAAUCAAGCAUUUUGUCGACAACUAUGAUCUCUCAGAUAUCGACAAACGCAACGGAACCUUUGUCGAUAUUGGUGGCAGCCAUGGCUUUGUUUGCGUAGACCUGGCUAAAAAGUGGAAGAACACGAAGUUUAUCGUUCAGGAUCUACCGAAGACAGUUGAAAGCGCCCCGAGUCCCAUUUCAGACGAUGAUUCCGUUGCGAGCAGAAUAACGCUUCAAGCCCACGACUUCUUUAAGGAGCAACCAGUUCAAGAAGCAGACGUAUACUUUUUCCGUUGGAUCAUUCACAAUUACUCAACGCCAUACGCGAUCAGUAUUCUCAAGAAUCUCAUCCCUUCCUUGAAGCCUGGUGCCCGAAUUGUGAUCAAUGAUCAUUGCUUACGAAAGCCUGGCAUGGAGAAUCCUUGGGAUGAGAAACUGAUGAGAGGUAUGGACAUGAUCAUGCUUACUCUACUGAAUGCUCAGGAGCGAGAGGAGAAUGAAUUCAAGGCAUUGUUUGCUGCAGCAGAUCCACGAUUUAGAUUCCGGGGUGUUAUGAGGGCACAAGGCUGUCGUAUGAGCGUCGUUGAAGCUGUAUGGGAUCCAGAACAGGAUCUUGCACCUUCGGAUGGUCUAAGCAAUUAG